UGUUUUUCCUGUUUUAUACGAGUGAGGUUGAAUAACACAAACAGAAAGCCACGAAGCUUUCAACAUGGUUUUACUCGGUACGUUGGGUUUGUUCGGUGUGUUGUACCUGCAGGUUUCAGCUGCGCCUGUGAACGAGAUGAAACACCUGCGACAGUGUAAAUUCUGGCAUAUCUCAGACUUGCACUUGGAUCCGACCUAUCAUGUCACAGAAGACCACACCAAGGUGUGCUUUUCUUCCAAGGGCGUUCCUGCGUUGGACCCUGGAGAGUUUGGAGAUUUCUUGUGUGAUUCCCCAUACCAACUUAUUCUUUCGGCAUUAGAUUAUAUGAAACACGCGGACAUACAACCCGAGUUCAUUAUCUGGACAGGAGACAGCCCUCCACAUGUCCCCAAAGAGAAGUUGUCUACCGAUGUAGUCAUCAAUGUUAUUGCCAAUAUGACUCACACCAUACGACAGUACUUCCCCAACUUGUCGGUUUACCCUGCCCUGGGCAACCACGACUACUGGCCACAGGAUCAGUUACCAACAUCUGAAAAUAAGAUUUAUGAUGCAGUAGCCAAGCUCUGGUCCCCUUGGUUAAGCCCAGCAGCUGUGCCUACUUUGCAAAGAGGUGGCUUUUACUCCCAUGUGAUCAAACCCGGUCUACGUCUGGUGAGUCUGAACACAAACCUGUACUACAGUCCUAAUAAAGUGACCGUGAAUGUGAGUGACCCCACCGGGCAGUUUCAAUGGCUGCAGGAAACGCUGGAAUUGUCGAGGCAGAACCUUGAGAAAGUCUACGUAAUUGCGCACGUCCCGAUUGGUUACCUUCCUUUCGCCACAAAUACGACAGCCAUCCGAGAAAACCACAACGAACGACUAGUGAAGAUAUUUCGCAGCUACAGUGACGUCAUUCAGGGUCAAUUUUACGGCCACACUCAUCGAGACAGCAUAAUGGUUCUGCUGGAUCAGCAAGGGGAACCUGUGAACUCUAUAUUUGUCACAUCUGCUGUUACACCUAUCAAAAGUCUGUUAGAGCCGUAUUCAAACAACCCUGCUGUCCGUGCGUAUCUGUACAACCCACAGGAUUAUGGUUUACUGGAUAUUUGGCAGUUCUAUUUAAAUCUCACAGAAGCCAACAUGGAGAAAAGGUCAGAGUGGAAGCUGGAAUACACCAUGACCGAAGCGUUUGAUAUCGAAGACAUUCAGCCCCGCAGCUUGCAUGAACUUGCCCUUAGGUUAGCGCAGCCACAGAGCAAGACCUUUGUGAAGUAUUUUAACCAUUUCAUGGUGAGUUAUGACCUGAGAAUCAAAUGUGAGGGGUACUGCCAGACGGCUCAGGUUUGUUCUGUGCAGUUUCUGGAUAAGGAGUCGUACUCAAAGUGUAUUGUGAAAGCAGGCGGACAUAAUGCGUAAGUGGAUUGAACUAAAGAAUUGAAACUCAUUAUUUGCAAUUGCAGCGGUGUUUCCCAUAAGAUUCUCAUUUCCGUACACACAGUAUUUUGUUUAGUGUAGUACAAAAAUUGGAAUUGCCAUUUUUUAAACCACAGUUUUUAUUGACUUUUUGGAAGGUUGUUAACAGACAUACAACAUUACAAUAAUAAUAAUACAGAGUUGCAUAUAUUUCUACCGGCAUAUUUUCACUAUAAAAGAAAAAUAGAGUACAGAAUAAAACGAUUGAAAUAUUUUUUUAUAUUUUUAAUCAGCAUAAAUAAUUUGUGUUUUUUUACUUUUUAUUAUUGCAUUACUUUAAAAGUGUAUUUUCUUUUUCUUGAUUUUGGUGUGAUGUAUGACUUCUUGACAGGUUUUAAUCCGAUUUAUAUAUAAAAUAAUGAUUCAAGUGCACUUUACAAAUCUCGAUGUCUUUAAAUGAUUGUAAUACAUUUUUAUAUAAGUACUGUUUUAAAUCUGUAGUUGCUUAAGUAAUUGAAAAAAAAAAGAUAAUUUUAGUGUUCUGUUUAGUAAGUCUGCUGCUAAAAAUUAAAAAAAGAUAAAAAUGCUUCGAUUUAACUGGACCAGUUAACUGUGAAGUUACAACCUUCUUUGCACAAUAAAGUAUUAAAAGUUUACUAUGUUGUUCGUUAUAUAACAUAAUAUUUCACUAUACACUGAAAAAACCCAACUAGUUGGAUUUACUUAUUUUUUGUGUUCAUUUACUUAAUUUCCUUAAGUAAAUGCAAAAACUUAGGUAAAAAAAGUAAAUCCUACUAGUUUUUUUUGUGUACUACACCAGCUGUAUGGCCACCUGCUAAAAACACCAAGCAUAACCUACUCCAAACUGCAUCCUUUCAGAAGCACUAGUUAGGGAGUCAGCUAUCCUCUGUCUCUGUACCCCGCUCUGAGGCCGCGACCCCUCACAGAUCUACUGUCUGCCCGGUGCCUCCACUGAGAGCUUAUGAAAUGUUCCCUCUUUCAUUUGUCUGGACUUCUAGCCUAUGUGAUCAUUGGCAUUUAAGUGCUACACUGUCUUUGAUGACUCACAAUAGUUUGUGGGAAGGAUCGAGGAGAUGAAAAAGCAUCGACACGGGGAUUAAAAGGGGCACCGUGGUAACUCUAGCAAGUUGCUUCAACGACAGGCUUGGAUGCUCUAAUGAACGUGAAUCAGUGCUUUGCCAAUCGAGUUCCCCGUAGAGACUCAUCUGUAACUGGGACGGGUCAAUAUUUGCCCGGCGCUUGAGGAAGGAUGGUUUUGUCCAACACGGGCCAGGCGGGGCUGGUGCUGAGCUGGGCCAAAGUUUGACAGAUGCAUAAAUCUGGAAGAGUUUUGUGUCCCUUUUUGGGUUGGCGAAUGGAAGAAGUUGCUCUUGCUUGCAGUGCACAGACCGGUCGUAAACGAAAACUCAAAUGACAAUUUUUUUGCUGAAAUGAAAAUAUUAGAAAUGUAAUACAUUAAUUCAUGUUCACUUCUUAUAAAUUUACCAAUGGAAACCAUUGCAGAAUCCGUUCCAUGCCUGCGAGUGUCAAACAUCCAUUUCUGUAAAGAUGUGAAGGCGUAUAAUCGUAACAAAUUACCCGCUGGCCGAUUAGCUAGUUAUUGCUGUCACAUAUAUUCAGCAGGGCUGGCAGUCCGAUGUCUACUUUAAGAGUUAAAGAGCUGUAACAGGGAAGGUCAAUGCUAGAAUCGGGCACGGGUCAGCUCAGAACUGAUUACAGGGCCUCAUUACGCCCGACUAAACCCUGAUCAGAGUCAAAGCAUUGCUUUGAUGAACCUGCUUAACCUACUGCACUUUUUAAGAUGUGGAUUACUGUGAUGAUUGUGUAACCAUGGCAGCCCCCGGAGAUUUUGCAUUCGUGGAAUAUGCUGGUUAAUUUUAUGAGCGGCAUGAACGUUCUUUGAAAAACGAGGAUUACUGCUCGAUUAGGUUUAGAAAUUGUGAACUCAAUGAACGCAAACAUUUAUCAAACAAUCAAAUCCAGAUUAUUUCCUUAUGCAAUCCACAUUCAUUUUACAUCGCCAUACUCUUAAUGUAUUUUAACAAUUGUUUUAUUUGUUUCUGUUUUAUUUCUCCUAUAAUACCAUCAUUUAUGUCACCGACUUUUGUUGUGAACUAUUAGAAUUUGCAUGUAAGCAUUAGCAUGCAGCUUCAUAACACUUCAUUAUCCUUUUUAAUUACUUUUGAGUUUAAAUUAAUAGCGUAAUUAAAAUUUAUUAGCCUAUUACUAAACUUUUAAGCUCCAUUUAAAGACUGAUGUGUCAGCUUUAGCUGUAUAUUACGUGGCGUUUUUUCUUUAAAAGUCAAAUGUGACUUUUGCCCAAGAGGGUUGUGAUCAAUUUAAGCUGAACACACUGAAAAUGCAAUGUCAUCUGGGAACCUUUGGCACCCUUUUUAUGUGUAUACAAACCAAUACCAAUAUUUAUUUUGCAUACCAGGGCAGAAUGUAAAUAGUGAUGCACCUGUACGGAACUAUCAGCAUUGGUGUUGAGAAGAAACUCAUUCACUAUGUAAAUAAAUGUCACUCAAUCAUUCAAACGUUACCCAGAAUGUUGUACAUGCCAUUUAGCAUCUUUUUUUCUUCUAUUUUUUAACCUCAUUUUUUAUUUUGUUCUAAUUUAAUCCAACAUUUUCUUCCACACAAAUAAAUUCUCUCUACAGUGAUUUACAAGUGAUUUGCUUAAUGAUUCGACAAAUUAUUAAUGAAACCCAUGCAG